GGGUCACAGAACGAUGACAAAAGGCAAUUCCUGCUGGAGCGACUGCUGGACGCAGUGAAGCAGUGCCAGAUCCGCUUCGGAGGGAGAAAGGAGAUUGCUUCAGACUCUGACAGCAGGGUGACCUGUCUGUGUGCCCAGUUUGAAGCCGUCCUUCAGCAUGGCAUGAAGAGGAGCCGAGGAUUAGCGCUCACAGCAGCAGCCAUCAAGCAGGCGGCAGGCUUUGCCAGCAAAACUGAGACAGAGCCUGUGUUCUGGUUCUACGUGAAGGAGGUCCUCAACAAGCACGAACUGCAACGCUUCUACUCCCUGCAUCACAUCACUGCGGAUGUGGGCCGAGGCCGGGCCUGGCUGCGCUGUGCCCUGAACGAGCACUCCCUGGAGCGCUACCUGCACAUGCUCCUGGCUGACCGCACCAGGCUCAGCACGUUCUAUGAAGACUGGUCUUUUGUGAUGGAUGAAGAAAGGUCCAGCAUGCUCCCUACCAUGGCAGCUGGUCUGAACUCCAUACUCUUUGCAAUCAACAUUGACAACAAGGAUUUGAAUGGGCAGAGCAAAUUUGCUCCCACUGUCUCUGACCUCUUAAAGGAGUCAACACAGAAUGUGACGUCUUUGCUGAAGGAGUCCACGCAGGGCAUGAGCAGCCUUCUCAGGGAGAUCACAGCAUCCUCUGCUGUCUCCAUUCUCAUCAAGCCGGAGCAAGAGACUGACCCUCUGCCUGUCAUAUCCAAGAAUGUCAGUGUUGAUGCCAGAUGUAAGAGGGAGAGGAGGAGGAGGAAGAAGGUGACCAACAUUGUCUCUUUUGAUGAUGAUGAGGAGGAGCCGAGCAUUGGGAACACUUUAAAGAAGACGCCUGGAACUGCAGAAAGCUCGGAGGAGAACUCCGCCCGCUCCUCCAUCAAUGUCGUGUCAACCUUUGAAAGCCCCUUUGGACCAAACUCCAAUGGGAGCCAGAGCAGCAGUUCCUGGAAAAUGGAUGCUGUGUCUUUGAACGGGGAGCUGGGCUUCCAGAAGCUUGAUGUGAAGAGCAUCGAUGAUGACGUGGAUGAAAACGAGGAGGAUGUGUGCAGGAACCCAGUGGGAAGGAGACACGCAGGCCACUCUGAGUCGCCAGACAAGCCGCUGGAUGGGAAUGCCUGCCUCCCCCAGGUGCAUGGCUGGGCCCCGCUGCAGGUGCUCCAUGGAGAUGCUGAUGCCGACACUGAGGUCCUCUUCCCUGUCAGCGGAGUGGGCUCCUAUGUUGCAACAGAUGCCCCCGUGGGAAGCCUGGAGAAUGGGGCAGGACCAGAGGACCAUCUCCUCCCAGAGCCCGGCCUUCGGUACAGUAUGGAAGCCAGUUCUCCAGGCCGAGGAAGCCCUCUGAGUAGUCUGUUACCAUCUGCCUCAAUGCCCGAGUCCAUGACAGUUCAUGAACUACGCCAAGCCAUCGUGGCCAUGAUGAACAGAAAAGAUGAACUGGAAGAAGAGAACGGGUCACUGCGGAAUCUCCUUGAUGGUGAGAUGGAGCACUCAGCUGCACUCCGGCAAGAGGUGGACGCCUUGAAGAGGAGGGUGGCAGAGCAGCAGGAGCGCCAUUCCACAAAGGUCCAGGCACUGGCAAGAGAAAACGAGGUGCUCAAAGUCCAGCUGAAGAAAUAUGUAGGAGCUGUCCAGAUGCUGAAAAGAGAAGGUCAAACAGCUGAAGUUGUACCUAGUCUUUGGAACGUUGAUGGAGAAGUUACAGUCCCUGAACAGAGGCCUGGGGAAGUUGCUGAGGAACUAGCAAGCUCCUAUGAGAGGAAGCUCAUUGAGGUGGCUGAGAUGCAUGGGGAGCUGAUUGAGUUCAAUGAGCGUCUACACCGGGCCCUGGUGGCCAAAGAAGCCCUGGUGUCCCAGAUGAGGCAAGAGCUGAUCGACCUCCGAGGUCCUGUGCCUGGAGAUUUGAGCCAAACAUCUGAAGACCAGAGUUUGUCAGAUUUUGAAAUAUCUAAUCGGGCGCUGAUCAAUGUUUGGAUCCCAUCCGUGUUUCUUCGAGGCAAAGCAGCCAAUGCAUUUCAUGUGUAUCAGAUCUACAUCCGGAUAAAGGACGACGAGUGGAAUGUGUACCGGAGGUACACUGAGUUCCGGGCACUGCACCACCAGCUGCAGAGCACAUUCCCGCAAGUGAGGGCCUACAACUUCCCACCCAAAAAGGCCAUCGGAAACAAGGACGCCAAGUUCGUGGAGGAGCGACGAAAGCAGCUCCAGAGUUACCUACGCAGCGUCAUGAACAAGGUCAUCCAGAUGGUGCCUGAGUUUGCUGCCAACCCCAAGAAAGAGACCCUGGUGCAGCUGGUGCCCUUCUUUGUGGAUAUCGCUCCGCCUGGAGAACCACUGAACAAGAACAGCAGGCCCAAAGUAGCUUCCCGCUUCCCUAAGCUGUCCCGAGGCCACCCAAGGGAGAUGCGCAAUGUGGAGCCUCAGAGUGGUGACCUCUGACCUCAGUGGAAUCCACACCCCAGUCACUUUGUGCUCAACCUAGCCAUGGCGGCUGGCCCUGGACACCUUGGCAGGAUGACCAUGUUCCCACAGAGAACAUGCUCUUCUUGCUGCCACCCAAUUAAACUGGUCAGUUUUAGCUGCUGGCUCCCUGUCCUUAGAGCAAGUUAUUGCUUACUGGACCGAGAAAAUGGGGACACUGUCACUAUACCCCCAAGGGUGCCAAGGCUGGUUGUCACCUCCUCCAGUUCUGCCAGCAGGUUGGUGGGUGCCAGGACCCCUGGUUGAGAUGCACGGUACAUGGGCAGAAGGAUCCUUCAGAUGCCACCUAUGACGUGUUCCCGCCUGGGAGCUAGAAUGACUGUUACGCUCUUGGAUUCCUCCUGAUGCAACUGACUGCUGCAGCCUGCGGAUGGGACUUCUCCUCCUGUUCCUCUGUCCCCCACCACACUGCCACAUGGCUGGUAUAGAUGGGAUUUCUCCAGGAAUCUCUAGUUGCCCAACAAAGGCAUUGGCAGUGACUUUGGUCUUUGAAGAUCUUAUCCUUCUCUCCUUGUGCUGGCUCCAGGAAGCACCAUCCGUGCAAGACACCUAAGGCUGCUCCAGCAAGGGCAGCUAGAAUGGACCCGAGGGGUUUCACCAUCCAGUCCAGCCAUGGGCAGCCUGAAGACCCUGAGGAGAACAUCCCUGGCCCUAGAUUGGUGGUUGUGACCUCAGGUCACCGGAGAUUUGGCUCUGGGCAUUACUGUGGCAAGCCAACACUAUAGUGUCUCAGACUCACUGCCAGAAUGGAGCGGAGAAUGAUUGUCCCCUGAGGUUGUUUAGCACACUCUGUCCCCUAAUGUGUCUCACUGGGAGCAGAAUACUGUCUCUCCCAAGAUGAUGUCUUCUAUUGCUCUCAUCUCAGGGCACCAUCCUAGAGGCCAAGGCUCUCAGGCAUGGAGUGGAAUAAGAACCGGCUGCUUGGCAACUCUGCCUUCCUCUGCCACCAAGCCUGGGUCUGUCUGCUUCUCAGGACCCACUGUCAAUGAUCUCUCUCCCUAACAAAACCUCCUUGGUGUCUUGGGACAGCUUGGAAAAGCUUACAAAAGGAACCAUGUACCAAGCAGUAUGCGCGCCCCUGCCUGCCAAGGAGCUCCCAGUGGAUCUGCCUAGGGAGGCGACCGCAGAAAGCAGCCUGAAUGUGGUCCUAGAAGGGCUUCAGCUCAAAGCUAUACCUUGGCAAGUGGUCUGAGGAAGUUAGGGCUUUUCUAGCCCAAGGAAAGCUUAGCAAAAGUCCCCUAGAGACAAGAGGGAACUUCAGAGUACAGGGAGACAGAGAGACCUAAACAGCUCCAAUUCUGGAGGGCACCUUGGGCCAGGUGGGCUGUGCCCAAAUGAGGCAGAACACAUCUUUCCUCCCUCAUGACUGGGAGCAGGAGUUGGAGGAAGUAGGGAAACCAUCUUCAGCUUGCUGGGAAGGGAGGACCCAAGAGAUUCUCAGCCAUAGAAAGUCAACGUGGUUCUUCUCUUGUCUGCCUAAGGGACCACAGACUCCACACAAACACCACACCCAGAAUGUAGGGCGGGCACAUGGACCCAGCAAAAAAGACUCUGUGAGACUCUGGUAGCCCCAAGCCCACCUCCUGAGCUUGGAGACUCAGAUGGACACUUUGUAUUCUGUCAUGAUCUGUAAAGAAAGGAUCCUGCCACCUCCCACAUCUCCCACAGCCUAGAGGUCCUAGCAGCAGACUGGCCCAAACACAUGUCACUAAGAGUCUGUUCUCUCAGUACAAACACAGAUGGUGUACAGAACCAUCUUUCACAUUCAGCACCUGCAGUUAAAGCAGAGGGAGGGAGGGAUGAAGGGAGGAAGGAAGGGAGGAAGGAAGGAAGAAAGGGAGGAAGGAAGGAAGGAAGAGAAAAAGAAAGGAAGGAAGGCGGGAAAGAAGGAAGGAAGAAAAGAAAGAGAGAGAAAGAGUAGAUGCCUUGGCUUUCGAGGAUUAAUUAUGGGAAAUUUGUCCAACUCUGCAAUAAUGUGAAUAUGAGAAUGGUUCUAGGGACCAUGUGGGACUUUGGUUGCUUGAUAUCCACCUCUUACCCACCCCUUUUUCCCCUUGUUGGGGAUUGACACUGGGGCCUUGCAAGUGCUGGACAAAAGCUCUCCACUGAACCACACUCCAGACCUGCUCAGACUGAUCCCACAGAAACCUAGCAAUCAUUCUUGGCUCCAGGUUGCCUAUCUCAUUACCUCACAGUGUGAGCAUGUGAACCCCCUGGAACUUGGGCAGAGCAGUGCAGACCAGGGGGUCAGGUGAUGGAAGACUGUUCCCACAAUGCUCCUAAAGGGCAUUUCUGAGGCCCAAAGUCUAGAGAGGAAUGCAGGAUCAUGGCUACCCAGUGGGUCUGACACAAUGCCAUCUCUUCAGGAGACCGUUUCCCAACCCUGAACCUGGCUGUGGCCUUGGCAUCCUUGUGGCUGCUAAAACUUCAUUCUUGGAACAGUUUGUGUGUCCUGAGGCCCAAGUCACAGUGUUCAGGCCUCGGCGCCUGUGCCAUCUACACCAGCUCCAUCUGUGUGAGACACAGGCUGGGCCCUGGUCUCACAGGUCUACCACCAGACUCCAUCUCUUUGGCACCCUGCACUUGCAUACACCCACCCAACUAUGCCCUGCUGAGGACUGAGAAGCUUAGAUCUUCAGGCGCCAGGAUGUCCCAGUAGCAGUCCAGCCAUGAUGCCUUGUCCCUGCGCAGCUAUACUGGCUGGGAGGCAUGCAAGAAGGAGCAGUCACGUGCCCAUGGCAAUAAGUCCUGAUGUUCAACACUCCCACUAGGGACAAUGCCACCCACCACAGAGCUGCCUCCUGGUCAGGGGCGCUGUGACCAGAAGGCAGGUGCCUCCUCAUGAACAAGGUCUAUUGUAAUGAACAUUCUUCAAAAUAUUGUGCAUUAUUUCAUUAAAGCUAGUGUUAAAUGUUUGCUGCUUAGGUUGGUUCUGCGCUAACUUUGCACAACUGUAGCACUGUAUAUUUUAUCUAAUGUUUCUGUGCCAAAUGUUCGGCUCUCUGUUGCUCUGACGUGGUCUCCAUUAUGGUUCUGAAGUAAAGUGUAGACAGUGGGCAGGGAAAGUGGAGCGCACAGGGGUGGAUUGCUGUGGACGCUGGGUCAAGGCUCGGGUUCACUUCUCACUGGGACCAUCUUCCGUCUUCUAGACACUGCUCACCGCGUGUUUCAGCCGACAUCCGCAACCCGCUCAACUCCACUCCCUGUCAGGGGAGACCACUUGACCACGUGGAGGUUUUUGUUAUCAGUAGGAUGGAUUGGGAAGCCCCAGGAAGAAUUGGGACUCAGGAUACAUGACAGGGGGUUACAUAGGAGCUCAUAGGGUUGCUGAGCACCGGAAGAAAACCUGAGAGCUGGGACCUCCAGGGGAGUGAGGAUCUGAUUUGCUAUCCCCAUCCACCCCAGAGAAGUCCUCUGGCUGCUGCAGCCCAGUGCCUGGAGCCCAGAAGCCUGAGCAUGUGGUAUCCCAACUCCCCUCUUAUGUUAAGGUUUACACAAUAGAAUUUUUAAACAAAUACGUUUAAUUUUCUAAAAUCUCUUGUAUUAAAUUUUUCUUUUGGAAUAAGCUGUGGAUUUUGUUACAAUCUGGUUGAGAGAAGCCUUUUCAGUGAGGAGAUUAAAAUGGCAUUUUUUAAGA